AAUCGGAAGUUCCCUGUAAAUUCACUCAAGAUUUACUAGACAGGAACAACAGGGAAGCGAAAACAGCCUCCACAGAUCACGUGGUAUCAACUUCUCGGAACCGAAAUUGCAAAGACGAACAAAGGAAUUUACUGAUGUAGGUUCCCUUAAAAACACUUUCCAUCACUUCGCCAUGCGAGUACAAAUCUGAACAGAAGUGCUUCCCCGUCCAGCAAGUGCUGUCUGAAUUAAAGACGGAAUUAAAAUUUUAAUAAAGAAAAUUUAGUGAUGAAUCGAAGUUUCACGAUAGUUUUGACCCAACUUCUAGUGGAUUCUAACAUCCGUGAAGUUAGAACAGCCAAAAUAACUGGACCAGAGGAAUUACAAAGACCACAACAAAUUAUUAAACAAAGCAAAAAAGGAGGAGGGUACUAGAAGAUGAAAACAAUCCGUAGGAUGUUGAGGACUUCAUUGCUAUGUCUGACAGGCCUGAUGUUAUGUGGUGUUCUGCUGAGUGUUUAUAAUAUUGGGAAGUUUGACAAUCUUGAGGGAAGAUAUUCAAGUCUUCACAAGGCAGACGAUACAAGCAGAACGGAGAAACGUGGAACACUCGUCGGAAGCUUGACAAUACUGAGGAAUCCUUGCCCCGAAGUGGGCCUCACUCUCGUUUCUGCGUUCUUCGAUUUAGGAGAGUUCGUGAAAGGGGAGGAACGGCGCACAGUGGAAGACUACCUCUCGUGGAGUGAAGCCUUUCGCCAUGUUUUCAACCGCCUCGUGUUUUACACCGACUCUCAGAAGUUUGCACAACACAUCGGGAGCCUGCGGUCAGGAAUGGUUCCUGAUCUUACUCACAUCAUAGUCGUCAACAGGUCUGAACUGUGGUCAUUCAAACUGAGAGACCCAAUCGCUCGCCUGUACUCCAAGCAAGACUACCCGAACUAUCCACCCAACACAGAAGUACCCGAAUAUUCUUGUGCCAUGCACUCGAAGUACGCGUGUCUAGAGGACGCCAUGUCACGACAUCCACCCCUGGUGACGUCACAGUUCGUGGCUUGGAUAGACAUCGGGUACUUCCGUGACUUGGGGAACACAACAGCAGACUACUGUGUCACACCCCCGAAGGAAAUAAGCGAGACUAAAGUGUUGUUUAAUCAGGUGUUUCGUCCUGACUUCAGCCUGACGCCGCGCGACAUCUUCUACACGGACCGCGUGUGGGUGGGAGGCGGGAUGUUCCUAGGAGCUCGCGUUGCCAUGGUGACGUUCUGUGCGGAGUACAGGCGGACUGUCACCUUCUUCCUGUUUCAACGUCACCUGUGCUCUACAGACCAACAGACACUUUAUGCCAGCGCAACACAAGAGGGCAAACGAGAGGUCAACCUGUCGGCAGGCAUUGAUGUCACCCCGGAGAUCAAUGAAUGGUUUUGGCUGGGGAGGUCACUCCUUCGUCAAGUUAGAUGACCCUGAGCCUCACUGACCUGAGACAACGUGGAGCAAACAACAAGACUGGAAGAGAAUGGUACCUGAACAAUCACAUAGAGGUAAUAGAAUCGACUCUUGGCUUUAGUCGGUCAACUCGUGCGAGGGGUCAAAUGGUGACAUGGUCUAAAAGUCAUCGAACAUUGCAGAUGUGAGGAUACUUUUCACACGAAAUUCUACGCAC